AUGAGCUCUGAAGGACGGAAACAGGAUCCAUUUAACGCCCGCGAUACUCUUGACACCGACUCGGGCCCGGUUGGCAUUUAUCGGUUGUCGAAGCUCGAAGAGGGCGGACUCUGCCGUGUCAGCGAGUUGCCAUACUGCAUUCGCCUGCUGCUCGAAGCCGCUCUGCGGAGUUGCGAUGGAUACGAGGUGACCGAGGACGACGUUCGAAACGUGGCCGGGUGGUCGCCGACGAACCUGGAACCCAUUGAGAUCCCGUUCAAGCCCGCUCGCGUCGUGCUGCAGGACUUCACGGGCGUUCCCUGUGUUGUCGAUUUGGCCGCCAUGCGAGGUGCGAUGAAGCGGCUUGGCGGUGAUCCGAAAAAGAUCAAUCCGCUGAUUCCGGUGGACCUGGUCAUCGACCACUCGGUGCAAGUCGACCGAUUCGGAACCGACGAUGCAUUGCAACUGAACGUAGAACUCGAGUUCUCACGGAACCGCGAGCGUUAUGAGUUCCUGCGAUGGGGCCAAGAGGCGUUCGACAAUUUCCGCGUGGUUCCGCCGGCCGUCGGCAUUGUGCAUCAGGUAAACCUCGAAUUCCUGGCCAAGGGAGUCUUUCUACGGGAAGACGCCGCUGGACCGGUGGCGGUGCCCGACACGUUGGUCGGAACCGACAGCCACACGACGAUGAUCAACGGUCUGGGUGUAUUGGGCUGGGGCGUGGGUGGAAUUGAAGCCGAAGCCGUCAUGCUGGGGCAGCCCAUCUACAUGUUGCUUCCUGAGGUUGUCGGAUUUGAACUCACCGGCGAACUGCCGCCCGGUACGACUGCGACCGACUUGGUGCUUACCGUGACCCAAGCCCUGCGAGCCCAGGGCGUGGUUGGCAAGUUUGUCGAAUUCUACGGUCCGGGCCUCGCCCAGUUGCGAUUGGCUGAUCGCGCCACGAUCAGCAAUAUGGCUCCCGAGUAUGGAGCCACGAUGGGCUUCUUCCCGGUGGACGAUGAAACGCUUCGAUACCUUCGCACCACGGGCCGCACGGCGGCCGAAGUCGACCUGGUCGCGAAAUACACGAAGGAGCAGGGGUUGUUCCACAACCCAGGCGAUGAAACGCCGAAGUACACCAAGACCCUGUCGCUGGACAUGGGCACCGUCGAGAGCAGCUUGGCGGGCCCCAAGCGACCGCAAGAUCGCGUGCCGCUCUCUGAGAUGAAACAGCAGUUCGAGCACUCGCUGACCGCACCGAUUAGCGAACGUGGCUUUGCGCUCGAUAGCGAGGCCCUGACCCGAACUGCCACCGUCGAGCAGAAUGGUCAAUCGACUUCGAUCGGUCACGGGGCUGUGGUUAUCGCGGCAAUUACCAGUUGCACGAACACGAGCAACCCCUCAGUGAUGAUCGGUGCCGGCUUGCUGGCUAAGAAGGCGGUCGAAAAGGGGCUGAAGGUCCCAUCAUACGUGAAGACGAGCCUGGCCCCGGGGUCGCGCGUGGUGACUGAUUACCUGGAGAAGGCGGGACUCGACGACGCGUUGGACCAACUCGGCUUUCAGACCGUCGGCUUCGGCUGCACCACUUGCAUUGGCAACAGUGGUCCGGUGCCCGAACCGGUGGCCGAGGCGAUCAACAGCGGCGAUCUGGUGGCUUCGGCUGUGCUGAGCGGAAACCGCAAUUUCGAAGGCCGCGUGAAUCCCGUGGUGAAGGCGAACUACCUGGCCAGUCCUCCGCUGGUGGUGGCUUACGCCCUGGCCGGCACGACCGACCUGGACUUAAAGACCGAACCGCUCGGCAAGGGCACUGGUGGCGAGGAUGUGUACCUCAAGGACAUCUGGCCAACCAAAGAAGAAGUCGACGAGGCCAUCGAGCAGUCGGUUAAACCGGAGAUGUUUGCUUCGCAGUACUCGAACGUGUUCGCGUCUAACGAGAAGUGGAACGCGAUUCAAAUUACCAGCAGCGAUCUAUACGCUUGGGAUGAGUCCAGUACCUACAUUCAAGAGCCGCCGUUCUUGGUGGACAUCGACCGUGAGCCCGGCGACAUUCAGCCAAUCGCUGAGGCGCGUGUGCUCAUUGCCUUGGGCGAUUCGGUGACGACCGACCAUAUUUCGCCCGCGGGUGCCAUCGCCAAAGAUGGACCGGCCGGUCGGUACUUGAUGAAACACGGCGUCGAGCAGCGUGACUUCAACAGCUUCGGCUCGCGUCGAGGAAACGACCGCGUGAUGACACGCGGCACGUUCGCCAACAUCCGCAUUCGCAACCAACUAGCCCCCGGCACCGAAGGCGGUGUGACUCGUCAUCUUCCCGAUGGCGAACCAAUGUCGGUCUACGAUGCCGCGAUGAAGUACAAGGAAGAAGGCGUUCCGUUGAUUGUGCUCGCCGGGGCCGAGUACGGUACCGGAAGUAGCCGCGACUGGGCGGCCAAGGGCACUUACCUCCUUGGCGUUCGUGCGGUGAUCGCCGCCAGCUACGAACGUAUUCACCGGAGCAAUCUGGUGGGGAUGGGAGUGCUGCCACUGGAACUGCCAUCAGGCAAGACUUGGCAGUCGCUGGGGUUGACCGGCGAAGAGGUCUUUACGAUUCACGGCCUCGACGAUUCGCUGAAACCGCGAAGCGUUCUGAAGGUCGAGGCAAAGGCCGCCGACGGCAAGACCACCAAGUUCGAGACCACCGUCCGAAUCGAUACACCGGUCGAACUCGACUACUACCGCAACGGAGGAAUUCUGCAGGCGAGCGCUGAAAGCUUAAGAGCGGUGGGCCAGUUCUUGGCCGAGCAUCACGAAGUGAUCUUUGAAGUGCGUUACGGCUUCGGUCGGGUUCAGAUCGAAGACUGUGCGGCCGUAAGUGUUCCAUUGCCCAUGGUCGAAGUGGAACACGGCGGUUGCAGCCCGAAGGUUAGUGACCGCUCCCAUUUCAUCGAUGGUAUCGAUGUGCGAAUCGUACGCAAUUGUCACCGCCACGAAGGCGCAUAG